CUGAGGCAGGACGGAAGUGUCCAAAUGGUAGAACCGAUCUCCUCCAACCGACUCAGGAGUAGGGAUCCCUAGUCCAAUUUUCCUGGAUGGAGAAGCAGGGCGUCCCCAUUUGUGGUUGCCCCCUCCCUCUCCUGAGAUGUCAGGGAGGAGACUACCUGUAUCCUACACAGGGGCCCCACAGAGCUUGGGGGCCCCCAUCCCCAGAGUGAGGAGGUGGAGGUGCUGCUGACAGGUGUGCAAGCCAUGCUCCCUCACCACUCCCGCUCUUUCUUCCUUUUCCUUUUCCUCCUCCCCAGCGUCCCCAUGGAGCCCCAACCCCCAUCCUCCACCUUGCCCCCGUUUCUGGCCCCUGAGUGGGACCUCCUGUCGCCCCGUGUGGCCCUGUCAAGGGGCGCCCCUGCUGGGCCCCCUCUCCUCUUCCUGCUGGAGGCCGGAGCCUAUGGGGAGCCGGCAGCGACCCCAGCCAACCGCAGCCGGCGUGGGGUGAGUGAGACUGCGCCCGCGAGCCGCCGGGGUGAGCUGGCGGUGUGCGACGCAGUGAGUGGCUGGGUGACGGACCGGCGGACGGCUGUGGACUUGCGUGGGCGCGAGGUGGAGGUGCUGGGCGAGGUGCCUGCAGCAGGUGGCAGUCCCCUGCGUCAGUACUUCUUCGAGACGCGAUGCAAGGCCGAAAGCGCUGGGGAAGGUGGCCCGGGUGUGGGCGGAGUGGGCGGAGGGGGUUGUCGCGGCGUGGAUCGGAGGCACUGGCUCUCGGAAUGCAAGGCCAAGCAGUCCUACGUGCGGGCGUUGACUGCAGACUCCCAGGGCCGCGUGGGCUGGCGUUGGAUUCGGAUCGAUACAGCUUGCGUCUGCACGCUGCUCAGCCGAACAGGCCGGGCCUGAGGACUCCAGCUUGGGAACUGCUCAGGUUGAGGAAAGAAAAGAGCUGGAUGCUAAAGGACCUCAGAGGCCACCUGGCUGCUCUACUGUGCCUUCUGAUUGAGAACUGGAAGAAAAAAAUCAAAUCUCUCAUUUUUGAGAGCUCAAUCUGUGUGGAAUGUUUGAUGAAACCAAAUGGAGUUUCAAGGGACGAAUAGGAGUUCUCCUGGAGGAACUUGACAGUAAUAAUAAUGGCCAAUGAUUGCUAUCUACUGUGUAUUAGACCUUAUACUUAACUCUGCUGACCAUUCCAACAUCAGAGGAUCCUGGCUCACCCUGGCAAGAGGGACCAGGAAAGAACGUGUGAAAAAGUGAUGUGAGCACUAGGGACUGUUUGCCUAGCAUGUAUCAAGUCCUGGGCUCUAUCCUGAGGACCACAUCAUAAACCAUGCACAGUGGUGGAAAUCUGCAAUGCCAGCACUUGGGAGGCAAAAGCAGACAGAUCAGGAGUUCAAAGCUGUUCUUAGCUGCAUAGGGAGUUCGAGGCCAGCCUUGUCAACAUGAGAACCUAUCUCAAAAAGAAGAA